AUGUCUGUUCCUCUCACCAAGGUCGAUUCUGCCAUCGCUGGUCUCUCCAUACAAGACGAGAAACCCCCCGCUGCCACUGAGAAAGAGGUCACGGGCUCCAAGAAGGAGAAGACGCAUAAGCGCACCUCUUCUACAAGUGAAGGCGUAUGGAAUAUCAAGGACCUAGAGGAACAAAAGAUCGAAAUCACCCUCCCCAUUGAGACACAAAGGACAGGAUGGAAACUCAACACGUCACCAUCAACAGUUGAGGAUAAAGAAAUCCUCAAAAUGCAGCUCGUCAACCCACCCGUGAAGAAGAUUGACCUGCACUUCCCACUGGGUCUGGAAGUCACCGCCCGGAAUCUGAAGGGCGUCACGAUCAAGGACGCACUAGAUGCGAUCCACAAGCGAUUCAAGAAGAAGGCGGACGAUGAACUGGAAAAGCCCUACCUCGCUGGCUUCGAGUGGGACAAAGAGGAGUGCUGGACACGCCUGAUCGUUCACCAGACCGUGAACAGCACUAUUCCCAAAGAGCCCAGCAGCAAAAAGUCCAAAAAGAAGAACAAGGAGGAGGCAUAG